AUGAAGUUUCAGGUUACCACUCUAGACCCGGUGUGGAUGUUUUGUGCUCAAGGCAAGCAUUGUGAGAAGGGAAUGGUAUUUAGCAUCAACCCUACCGCCGAAAAAUCGCAAGCCCGAUUCAAGGAGAUAGCCAUGGCUGGCGCAGCUGAUCCUCCACCCCCGGCCGCUGAAACUGGAGGCGGUAAUAUAAUCAUUGAGACUGCCUCGCCCUCUGAAGCCAUCGCCACUCCGCAAGCAACCGUAGCCAUCGGAAACGGCCAGAUGGGAUCUGGAGAUGCCUGCACUUGCUCGUGCCUCUGCGGAGAAAAAUCGUGGCCUGAAGGCCUUGGUCUCAAUGCCCAAGGCGGACUACCUGGCACUAUUCCAAUGGCAGAAUCUCCAUCCAAGCGUGCUCUCAACCCUCACUAUUUCUAA